CCAAAAAUUAAUGACAACGCUGAUUUUUUCACAGGUGAAAGUUCUCACAGCUUUUUUACACGCCAGUCUGCAAAUGGCGGAAAAACAUUAGUUAGAGAAGUUAGAGGCAGUUUCGCGGUCUAAUCACUUCAGGAAUUGACUUUCCCUUUCUUUUAUCCCCAAGAGAAGAGGAAUUUCUACGUUUAAUCUGAUUCAACGCCAUAACCAGAAAGAACGCUGCUCUGUUCCUGUGGCAGCUUCGCUAUGAACUCGGACGAUGCCGACAGAGACAAUCGGGGUUCAUCUACCGUGGUACCUUAUGGUUCCCAACGGAGUUCAUCGACCACGGUGGACGGCAGAUUUCAACGUAAAGCACUUCUGUUUCUGUCAUACCAGAGUUUAGGCUAUUUGUUUGGAGAUCUGAGCACCUCCCCUCUGUAUGUCUAUCAAAGUAUAUUUGCUGGAAAGCUGCAACAUAUUCAAAAUGAGGAAGUGAUAUUUGGUGCAUUUUCUUUGAUUUUUUGGACUCUCUCUCUCAUUUCUUUGUUGAAGUAUGCUAUUAUCAUGUUGAAUGCAGAUGAUAAUGGUGAAGGGGGAACUAUUGCUUUGUAUUCCCAGCUUUGCAGAAAUGCCAAAUUUUGUUUGCUUCCUAACCAUCAAGCAUCUGAUGAGGAGCUUUCUGCAUAUCACAAGCCUGGUUGUUCAAAUAGAAGUAUACCACCGUCACCUCUGAAAAAAUUUGUUGAGAAACACAAGAGGUCAAAACCGGCGCUGCUUCUUUUUGUUUUAUUGGGUGCUUGUAUGGCAAUUUGUGUUGGUGCACUCAUGCCUGCCAUUUCAGUUCUCUCAUCAGUUGAAGGUCUGAGGAUCGAAGCAAAGAUUACAGACAACAGUAUGAUACCUUUUAUUUCUUGUGUUCUGCUGGUUGGACUCUUUGUUCUGCAACACCGUGGUGCCGACAAGGUUGCCUUCAUGUUUCCUCCCAUAAUGAUCUUAUGGUUACUGUCUAUUUUCGCGGUUGGCAUUUACAAUGUAAUCACGUGGAAUCCAAGAGUAUAUAAGGCUCUUUCUCCAUAUUAUAUAUACAAGUUCUUUUCAGUUACAGGAAAAGAUGGAUGGGCCAAUCUAGGAGGAGUGUUUCUGUGUGUUACGGGGACUGAAGCUAUGUUUGCAGACCUUGGGUACUACAGACAAGCACCUAUAAGGGUUUCAUUUUGUUGUGUCGUUUAUCCAUGUCUUAUUCUUCAGUAUAUGGGACAGGCUGCUUUUCUUUCAAAGAAUUUAUCUGCGGUGCCCAUAAGCUUUUAUGCUUCUAUUCCAGAUAUCCUAUUCUGGCCAGUAUUUGUGGUGGCAGCUUUGGCAGCAAUAGUUGCAAGUCAGGGUGUCAUCUCUUCAACAUUCUCAAUUGUCCAACAAUGUCAUGCAUUUGAAUGUUUCCCUCGUGUUAAAGCAGUGCAUUCCAGAAGGUGGAUUCAUGGUCAGACAUAUAUUCCUGAGAUAAAUUGGGUACUUUUGAUAAUUAGCCUGGUUAUGACAGUUGGUUUUGGAGACAAGAACCAUAUAGGAUAUGCUUAUGGGAUUGCGAGUCUGAUUGUGAUGUUUGUGACCACAUGGUUGAUGUCACUAGUCAUCAACAUUGUAAGGCAUCAAAGUCUUCUACUUGCUAUAGGAUUUGUUUUAUUUUUUGGUUCAAUUGAGGUUCUCUUCCUUUCGUCUUACUGCAUGAAAAUCCCAAAAGGUGGUUGGGUUCCACUUGUGCUCUCUGCACUCUUUAUGGUUGUUAUGUACGCCUGGCAUUAUGGUUCAAGGAAAAAAUAUUUAUUUGACAUGCAUAACAAAGUUUCAAUGAAGUGGAUCCUCACACUGGGUCCUAGUCUUGGGAUUGUUAGGGUUCCGGGACUGGGGCUUAUAUAUACUGAAUUGGCUACUGGAAUCCCUGCCAGUUUUACCCAUUUCUUAACAAAUUUGCCAGCUUUUUACCAAGUGGUUGUUUUUGUCUGUAUUAAGACCGUACCUGUGCCUUCUGUGCCCCAUAAGGAACGUUACCUAAUUGGCAGAGUAGGUCCCAAAUCUUUUAGAUUAUACCGGUGCAUUGUUCGUAAUGGCUAUAAAGAUGUCUACAGCCAUGAAAAUGAUUUUGAAAAUGAGCUGGUAAUGAGUAUAGCAGAAUACAUUCAAUUGGAAGCAGAAGGUUGUUCUGGAAGCCAGGAGGGUUCGGUGGAUGGCCGGAUGGCUGUGGUUAGGACAUCAGGUAAGUUUGGGACAAGAUUGCUAAUGUCAGAAUCUGCAUCUGGAUCUGAAGAAGGCAGCAGUACAAGUCUUCCUGGGGCUUUGACUGUUACUAGUAGCAAAUCCCCUGCACUGAAGAAGCUGCAAUCCAUGUAUGAGCAAGAAUCGCCCGAACUCAACAACAGACGCCGGAUUAGGUUUGAGUUGAUCAAUACAAUAUACAAAGAUCCACGAGUUAAGGAAGAACUCAUGGAACUUGUUGAAGCUAAACGUGCUGGAGCAGCAUAUGUAAUAGGUCAUUCUCACGUGAAGGCCAAGUGGAACUCAUCAUUCUUAAAGCAGUUCACCAUCAACCUUUAUUCUUUCCUCCGGAAAAAUUGUCGCUCUCCUGCUGUAGGCCUAAACAUUCCUCAUAUUUGUCUCAUUAAGGUUGGAAUGAAUUACCAUGUCUAGUUCACGUUUAUGACGAGAUCUUGACUGAGGAUGUAAUUUAUGCAAGCCAUGACAGGAAUCCCCUUGUGCUCCAACGACAGGCAUGGUUAUGCUACUCUAGCAGCUGCAACUUAAAUGGAUGUUGCUCAAGAAUCUCCCAUUGGCAUGCUUGAAGAUAGCAGCAUCUAUUGUCAAGAUGUUAUGAUUUUGUGAUGGUGCUGACAAGGUAUGUAAAUGACUAAUUUGUUGGACGGUAAGGAGUUUCUUGGAGCUCCUGUCUGUAUAUGUACCUGUUUAUUGAGUUUGAGCUUUCCAAAUCGUAGUUGAGAUUGGGAGUGAAGUUCGAUUUCAUUCAGUAGUUUGCAUGUCGGCAUCUACUGCUGCCUUCGCACUUACAAGGUACUUUCUUUUGGUCGUUUUUUGUAAUCUUCAUCGCUCGAAUAAUUAAAUGAUACGUACUAAGAAUGACGCCAUGCAAGAAAUACAGACGUGAUAAGCAGCAUUCAGUGGAUAUGAAUUUUGGCUGUAUUUAUUUAUUAAUUUUAA